CGCGACAGCGGCCCCUAUUUCCCCUGGAGAAGAACUGCUGGGUACUUGGAACCGGACUGGCUCUGGCUUCUCCGCUCUUGGCCUCCAGCCUCGCAGGUGUCAUCGGAAGCGUAAGGCGCCGGGAGGGUCCGGCUGCAGCGGCCAGGUAAGCUAAGGAAGGUGAACCGGGGUUGAGAAACAGAGCAGCCGACCGCGGUUCUCGGAGAGUGGAGGUCGACAAGAUCGCACACACUGCCCUGCGCCUCAAGCUGCCCAUUCCUGUGCUGUUUGCUGAGGGACCCUUGUGCUGUGAGCCAUAGUGAUCAUUACAAAAACACCAGCGCCACCCUGCCAGGCUUUGAUGCUGAACUCUGGUAGAAGGAGGUUGUUCUCAGCUCUGCUGCAAGUUCACAAGAGAGCCUGUCAGCCCUCUAGAGACAUGAGACUGGUGCAGUUCCAGACACCCCACCUGGAGGGGCCUCACCUGGGCCUGGAGUCAGGGAUUGGUGGGGGAGUCAUAGACCUAAACACUUUUGACUCCACACUCCCCAAGACAAUGAUGCAGUUCCUGGAGCAAGGAGAGACUGCCCUCUCAGUGGCAAGAAGAGCCCUGGCUACCCAGUUGCCAGUCCUCCCUCGGUCACAGGUGACCUUCCUGGCCCCUGUCACCCGGCCAGACAAGGUGGUAUGUGUGGGCAUGAAUUAUGCAGACCACUGCAAAGAACAGAAUGUGCGGGUGCCCAAGGAGCCCAUCAUCUUCAGCAAGUUCUCCAGUUCCAUUGUGGGGCCCUAUGAUGAGAUCAUCCUCCCACCAGAGAGCGAGGAGGUGGACUGGGAGGUGGAACUGGCCGUGGUCAUUGGAAAGAAAGGCAAGCACAUCAAGGCCACAGAUGCCAUGGCUCACGUGGCUGGUUUCACUGUGGCCCAUGACGUGAGUGCUCGGGACUGGCAAAUGAGACGCAAUGGAAAGCAGUGGUUACUGGGAAAAACUUUUGAUACUUUCUGCCCCCUGGGCCCUGCCUUGGUUACCAGGGACAGCAUAGCAGGGCUACUGCUGUUAAUGUGGGAAUUCAGGGAAUUCCAGUCUGCAAGGAAGUCCCAGGGUAAAGUGCUAAGCCAGGAUCCACACAAUUUAAAGAUCUGCUGUCGAGUGAACGGGGAGGUAGUCCAGAGCAGCAACACCAAUCAGAUGGUGUUCAAGACUGAAGAGCUGAUAGCCUGGGUCUCCCAGUUUGUCACCCUUUAUCCAGGGGACAUCAUCCUGACUGGAACUCCUCCAGGGGUUGGUGUGUUUAGGAAGCCUCCUGUCUUUCUCAAGAAGGGUGAUGAAGUCCAGUGUGAGAUUGAAGAAAUUGGUGUCAUUGUCAACAAGGUGGUGUGAUGGCAUCCCUAUAACCAUUGGACUUGAGACAAAGAUAAACUGUCGGAUAAAUUGUUCCAGCUUGUCUUGGUUGUCCCGGUUGGCAAAUGUAGGGGACAGGUGGAGCUGGGGUCCCGCAGGACUGGGCAUCUGCUGUAGUACCUGAACCACAAGAUGGACUGUAAGCAC